CCAACUUUUCGCUCAACCCACGCUUCUUUCCUACUAUGGCAAAAUUCGCGUUGACUCUCUUGUUCGCUUUCCUCGCCAUUUUCAGCGACACCUCGGCUGCAUGGAUUGGUAACGCAGCGGACUGUCCUGCCGAGUCGGUUACUUGCCCCCCUGGGUUGCAGCCGACAUGCUUUGCUCAAACGGCAUUGGAGGCCAGUAGGGAAUGUUCAUAUGCUUGUGGCGACUUGGGUGCCGAUUGUGAUUCUGGCAUAAAAACAUGCUGCAUAUCAGCUUGAUGAUAAUUCUCACUUGUAUCGUGCAAAAGAAGUUGCGCUCUCUUUAGCACUCUUGCUUUUUUGACAAAAGCCAUUUCUACUUUAGGUACCAGUGUCGUAAUGCCAUGCUUCUCUAUGCACAAUUGGCCCUAGUUCUCUUUUGUCCUUGUGUACCAUUAACAGUCAGGACAAGUUUCUUCUAUGCACCAUGAGUAAACGGUAA